AUGUACACCGAUCAGAUGUAUCGCUACGCUCCACGUGCAACGUGCUCACGAGCUGUGCCCCAUUGUGGAAGUGCUUAUCUGUUUUGCGACUUGCGAUUCAAUCCACAUUGCGUUUCGAAAAUCAAAUUAAAUGGAAACUGUCGACGAUUCGAAGGUCUUGAUGCAUGUUUCGAGGGCAAAUGUAUCAACGGAUACUGCACGCCAGACUUCACUCCAAAGAAGGUUCAUAUCACGCUUCUCAAUCGCACCCAAUUACCGUCCUAA